AUGGGUCGCGAACUGCAGAAGCGGAAAAACCGCUCGUCCAUCGCCAAGGUCACCAAGAAGCCCAAGUCGAAGAAGAGAAUCCUGAACAACCCCAUUAUCGCCGCCAACUGGAAUAAGCAUGAAACCCUCACGCAAAACUACCGUCGCCUCGGUCUCAGCACCAAGCUCAACGGCGUGACCGGCGGCGUCGAGAAAACGGCCAAGUCCCUCGCGACGCCCAACAACGUCGCCGCGCCGCUCGCCGUGAACCCCCAGACCGGCAUGACGGUCGCGAAGCCCGUCGAAGCGCGCAUCGAGCGCGACCCGGAGACGGGCGAGGUGCGCCUCGUCGACGACGGCAGCCGCCCGAACCCGCUGAACGACCCGCUCAACGAGCUCGAAGACGACGACGAGACCGCCGGCGCCGAGUGGCAGGGCAUCACCGAGCACAACGCCCCGGCCGUCGAUCCCACGACCGCUGGCAAGAGCGACAAUGCCGUCAUCCGCCAGCUGGAGGAGCUCGCUUCUUCGACCGGCAAGCGCAAGGCGCCGCGCAAGCAGUCGGAGCGUGAGGUCGAGUGGAUCGAGCGGCUGGUGAACAAGUACGGAGACGACUAUGGGAAGAUGAGCAGGGACAUGAAGCUUAAUCCGAUGCAGCAGACGGCUGCGGACAUUAAGAGGAGGGUUGAGAAGUGGCGGAAGUCGCAGCAAGAGGAAAACUAG